UCUUUGUUUCACAACAAAUCGAUUAGUAUAUAAAGUAUAAAUUUCAAUAGAAUGAACAUCUGGAUUUACAACUUGUUUAAAUUUUUUUUGAAAAAUUUGUAUAGUCAAAGUAAGAAUUCUAACUGUCAAUACAUUUGCGGCUUUUAAAUUAUAAUUGUGUCAAAUGAAUGCUUCUUGUGAGCUAAAAAGAUAAGAAUAGGGUGUAUGAUAGAUGAAGUAUUAUGACGACACUCCUGAUUAUCAUGAUUUGUUCCUUGUAGUACAAAAUGGACAAUUGCAUCUUGUUCAAUCUCUGCUCGAGAAAUAUUCUUUGACAGAAAAGAUGUGCAGCAGGACAUUACUGCAUAUGGCGGCUGCAAGAGGACAUGUAGAGAUAGCUAAACUAUUCACCACUCAGGGAGACGGAAUAGUAAAUACACAGCUGCAUUUGGCGAUAAACGGAAACCAACCUGAGUACAAAAUGGAGAAUUGCAUCUUGUUCAAUCUCUGCUCGAGAAAUAUUCUUUGACAGAAACGAUGUGCAGCAGGACAUUACUGCAUAUGGCGGGUGCAAGAGGACAUGUAGAGAUAGCUAAACUAUUCACCACUGAGGGAGACGGAAUAGGAAAUACACAGCUGCAUUUGGCGAUAAACGGAAACCAACCUGAGGUAUUCAAUCCUUUUUUAAAAGAGAGUAACCUGAACGCAAGAUUUCUCUGGGAUGAAAGGUCACUUCAUUAUACAACUUGUACAAUUGCUUUCAAUUUACAAAAAUUAAUUAUAGAGAAUGAUGCCAUUAUUGACAAAACAGAUAGUGAGGAUGAAACACUUAUGUACGUUGUGCUGGAGAAAGAAAACGUUCAAAUAGCAGAAAUUCAGUUUAAACAUCGUUGUGCAUGAACAUUUGAAAAAAAAAUAUUUUGAAUGAUUGAUUUUGAUGAAUGAAUGCAACGUGCGAGGUGGCUUGAUUGCAUUUGAGUGAAUUGUAGAAGAGGAAAAGAAGUAAGCAAUCGAAUAUAAGACCAAUAAAUAUAAACGUUGUUCAUCUUUUGAAUAUUAAAGGGUAAUAUUUCGCGUCUAAUGCUAAUAAUGAACAUAACGAAGAGGAUAUAACGAAUUUGUUUAAGUUGGUAGUAGCGCGUUUUACAUUGUUGACCACAGACUAUCAUCCAGAUGUGUUAUAAUUGUGAAACAAACAAUCUCAAUUAAAAUUUUUUUGACAAAUUGUUAAAAGUAAAGUUAAAAGUUAUUUUCCUCCAUUUUUUUGUCAUUCUUCUUUUUUUCGAAUUGUUUCACUCUUGCGUCCCGCCAGUUUUUAAC